AUGGCUCCGAGAAGAACAGAUCCCGAGGUCGGCCGGAACCGCCAAGACAGGCAUCUCGGGCCUAGAGUACUCGAAGAGCUGCCCGAUACUAUUUCGGACCAGCUUCCAAACGCAUCCCAGCAGAGAUCCAACUUGCCUCGUAUUAUCGAAUCAAAUCAGUUGAACCAGAGUCAGAGUCAGAGUCAUAGUUCGAGUUCGAAUUCGAGUUCGGCACCUACAAAGAAGGUCCAACGAGUAAAAGACAGAAUACGAAGAAGAGCCAACGGUUCGCAAGAGCCCCCAGUAUGGAUGGACGAUGGAUAUUACGAAGCGAACCCAUGGCAUGGCCGAUCAAAGAAGAAGCCUAUUUUCAGUCUCGGAGCGCCUUUGCCACAUAAAGUUCGCUGGGCUAAGGAACCAGUUGAAGUGCCUUCUAGACCCGUGCCUAGGUCCUCUGAAGACUUAGCAGAGCUCGGCGAGGGCGACUUCGACGAUGCAGAUGGACCGAAUGUCGAAAAGUCGCAAAGUGCGGCGGGGAGCGAAUAUUCAGGGCCUAAAAGGACGGCUGCAGGCGUCACGCACGGCGACAGACAUAAUGCCGCCGGACAACCCGUCUUCGAAUAUCAGCCCGGAGAGGAAAAUUCCGCUCGAAGGGAGCGCACAAAGGAUACGCACGAAACUAAUCGAAGCAAUAAAGAGGACCUUCGCAACUACGGAAUCGAUAGCGAACCGUUAGGCCACCGUGAAAACGAAGAUGCAGAAGAAGGGGAUAGAAACCCGAAUGAGUUUCGUAACUGGUGGGCCCGUAUACGAGCCAAGCAUCCCGAACCUUUAGCUGAGUUUCUAGCGACAGGAAUAGCCGUGUUCAUGGGAUUAGGCUCAACCCUCGCCGUAAACUUAUCGGCUACCCAGAACGUAAAAUAUGGCACCUAUGAAACUUCAUGCUGGGCAUGGGGUUUUGCUUGGAUGUUUGGCAUCUACCUCGGUGGUGGCGUAUCCGGUGCUCAUAUGAACCCGGCCAUUUCGAUUAGCCUGUCGCUCUUUCGUGGCUUUCCGUGGCGGUCGUGCAUCAUGUACGUGGUUGUACAAUUCGUUGCUGGCCUUGUUGCCGGGGCUCUAGCCUAUGGCAUCUAUAGAGAUACAAUUAUAUAUGUCGACCCUACUAUGACGAAUACAGCUAAAGCCUUCUUCUCGAGUCCCCAAGAAUGGGUAUCGCUGGGUUCAGCUUUCUUCGACCAGGUUGUCGGUAGCGCCAUUAUGACGAUUGCUGUCUUUGCGCUGGGAGACGAUCAGAACAACCCUCCUGGGGCAGGAAUGCACGCCUUGGUACUCGGGCUGUUGGUCACUACCUUGAAAUUUACUCUGGGCUACACAAUAGGAUCGGCAUUAAACCCAGCUUCGGACUUUGGUCCAAGGGUGGUAGCUUGGGCAGUUGGCUAUCGAGGGCCGGAAGUAUUUCAAACAGGAUGGUGGUUUUACGGCCCAUGGCUUGCCACUCUAGUUGGCUCUAUCAUCGGGUGUGCCAUAUACGAUGGCUUCAUUUUUGUUGGAACUGAGAGUCCGAUCAACUACCGAAUCAAGGGCGGAGUCAAGAAGCGAACUGGAAGACUGUUUGACUUUGCUAGAAGGAAAUGA